AUGGAAUGGAAUCGCCCAUUGCAAAAUGCAUUUCAUUCCCUCAAAAUCAUUUCAUCCAUCUCCCAUGUUUUUUUCCAUUCCAUUCCCUCUUCACCCUUCAUUGACAACACCAUAACCCGCUACCGUUGCCACCAUCCACCAACACUGUCAUCCGCCACCAUCACCCACCUGUGCCGCCACCUGCCACCGCCGUCACCUGCCACCGUCGUCACCCGCCACCGUCAUUGCCACCACCCACCUCCAUCCCCGCCACCGUCGUCGCCGCCAUCCACCAUCACCGUUCCCACCUCCGAUUACCGCUACCACCUACCUUCGAUCAUCGUCGCCACCAUCGCCGCUGCCACCUCCGAUCACCGCCGCCAUCGCCACCCACCUCCGCCAUCGUUAUCAACCACCACUACCCAUCGCCACCACCGCUACCACGUGCCACCACCGUCGCCACCGCUACCACCUCUAACCAUUGCCGCCACCCACCUUCGCCGUCACCCACCACCACCACCACCGCUGUCACUACCCGUCGCCGUCUCCACCCACCACCAUCGCCGCCGCUACAACUGCCUCCUAUCACCACCCACCAUCGCCGCCCAUCAUUGA